CUGUGAUCUGGGAUACUACAUGGUCGGGUCUGCUAGCAGGGUCUGCCUUCCUAGCGCCACCUGGUCUGGCCAGAAGACAGCCUGUCUACCCAAGCAGUGUCCUGACAUUAGAAGCGAAGAUGGACUGAUUCCACAAAACGGCUUUGUCAACUUGCCCUGUCACACUGACUUCAAGUCCAGAUGCACUAUUGGCUGUUACGACGGACAUUACAUGGAUGAUUUCGUCAAAAAUUUCAGAGAAUGUAUUGUGGAUGCUGAUGGCAGCGUUUCAUGGUCCACGGAUCUUAUUGAGUGCAAAGAAAUCUCAACAUGUUCCCCGAACCCCUGCAGACAUGGUGGUGUUUGUGUUCCCAUAAACGUUACCACCUUCCAAUGUGACUGUACCGGUACUGGCUACCACGGAAACACCUGUGAACGCGGUCACAUUGCCUCACCUGUCGACGUUGAAUCACUACUCCUACACAGACAAACUAAAACAUUCACUAUAACGGCUAGACCUGUGGAAAGUUUGACAAUCAUUCCAUAUUCUGAUUUUAAUUCCAUUGAAUUCAUUCCUUCAUCAGUAACAAUGAAUAGCACGGUAACAUCUGCGACUUUUGCUAUGGUUCCUCGGAGGACUGGAACCUGGAUCAUUUCCUACAAACUGUCGGGACCCAGUGCCUCUGAAUACGACCCAAUUCCUGUAAGUGUCGUGUCUGUGGCAAGGCCUCGCUUUCCUGCUGAACUUUCGGUGUUUGAAAGACUUGGCAUCGCUCCUGGUACUCUCCCCAUGGGACAAUUUUGGCUCAACGUGUCUCUGCUAUCUGGUGAAUUAUCUUUAAUGUCAACUGAAGAAUGGUUUACGGAUCCGACUCUCGAACAUGUCAACUUCACUGGGGGCAUAGUCCAGCUGAUGACACCGUCUUUUACCGUGCCUUUAACUCUGUAUGGACUUGCAGUUGAAUGGAAAGGCACACCACUGACACUGAAAGUGUCCGAAAUGACGAUUGAACAGGAAGCUCACUUGAGCAAUUAUGACUCUUCACGUUGGAAAGGGUCCUUGAUAAAGCCUGAUGCCACGAGAAUGAGUCAAAAGGACAUAACUGCUUUGGAAGAGAGCAACUCAUUGGCCAAAGCCAUUGCUAACGUAUACGCACAAUACUUCCCGAAAUGGUUAAACAUUAGCUUUUCGUUUGAUCGUGAUAGUCGCGUUAAUGUCCCAGUUCAAGUUGACACAAAGUCCAAGGCAACAAUAGCUGACUGGAUGAAUUAUAGCAAAAGUAAUGUAUUUCUAUCGAUGGAGUCCUCCGUAACAGCCAACAUAACUCUUGGCGAGUCAACAAUGACAUUGCAUAGCGGGGAAAUCAAUAUGAGAACAACUUUAAAAGCGCUACCCACCAAUGCCUCUGCCAUGUUUAUAAACAUAACAAGCGAGAUGGCAUCCGAACUCCAAAGUACCGAAAUGUUCCGUGCCCUUGACAAUUACGGUUGGAAGGUUGGCGUGGAACAGAUAGGGUUUUCGGGUCUCCAAGGGUUUGAGUUUACCAGUUUGGCACUUAAUGUUGACAGAAUCAUAGGCGAUGUGUGGGUUCAGUUUGUGGUGAAUAAGACGUUCGAUGAUGCUUCUUCAAAAAGUGCGACGACACUCAACUUGCAGGGUGGCAGCGUUGUUCAAACACAAGACCUGGUCAAGUCUGUAUAUCGUCAACUACCCGCUUUUGCCGGAGGUAAAGGUCGGCUCUUGCUGGACCACGCCGUGCAGAACUCUAACCUGUGGACCGUUGAGUCUGAGGAUGCUGCAUGGGCAGCAACACUUGGCAACACGAAUACACUGGACUUCAACAUGGUCGACUCAGUCGUCUUACUCAGUCCCUUGAACAAAUAUAUCAAACCAGAUAAAAAUGUUCAAGGGAGAGUGACUUUCCACUGCAGUGUUCCAAACCCAUGCUCCAUUGGUCAUUUUACUCUAACAUUCCCGGGGACAAUCUGUUUUGGAAGGCUCUGUCUGUCAGACUCCAAUCCCGUACACCUAGAUAUGGAACCAAAUGGGGAGACCACAGUUAUAUCCGAGGUCGGCCAUGGAGAGAAUCUGACAUCCCAUGUCGCUAUACAAGACAACUGCAACAUAACCAUGGCGAUGGAUGGUUCUCAGAGUGUAACGGGGCAAGUUCCGGUCAAACUCAGUCUACUGGAUAAUGUGGUCCCUGUGGUUAUGGUCAUUGGCAAUGAAACACUGAGCAUAAGUUCCACAAUCCAGUUAAAUAGUUCAUACCCACUUCUGGUAAACGUAUCCUCAUCCUUUGCAGAUACAUCUCUGCCGCCUUCUUGGAAUCUUCAGGGCCGUUUUGUAGAUGGCGACGGUGGCAGAGAAAGUUUGCAAGGUAGUCUUGAAGGUCAGUUUUACAGGUACUUUUCGGGCAUAUCUAAUAUAGUUGAUGAACGCAUUAAGGUGAUCGACCAAGCUUUGGAAAACGCCAGAAAUGGCUACAAUGAGGCACAGGCACUAGUAUUGGGGGCAAAAACAACAUUGGACAAUGCAACAAACGUGCUACAACAAGCAGACGCAAAUGUGGUUAGAAUAGAAGAAGAACUGCGCGUUGUGGAGGGCGAAUUUCAGGCCGCGUUUGGUCAUUUGGAGGCCACUCGCGAGGCGGUAGAGGGUUUGUGCACCACCGUGUCCUGUCCGGCUGUGGCCGUGUCUGGUGAACUCUGUGAGGUCAAAGACACUGUGGUGGAUAAAAAGAUCACCACGGAAUGCUGCGCCCAAUGCACAAAAGUCAGCCAAGUUGUCCGUCAGUACGUGUGUAGAACAACCUGUUUUGACUUUAAGAAGAUCGAGGAAAUUACUGACUACUGGAGCUGUGGCAUGUUUGGUGGAUUUUUUAGCGGUUGUAGCGGUGGAAAAGUUGUCACGAAAUUUGAAGUCCAUAUCAAAGUCUAUGACUGUAGAGAAAAUGAAAAAUACUGCCCGAUGCUUGUGAACAAGGCCGAGGACAAAACCUGCUGUGAGCCGUGCGAGAAAAUUAUUGAAUCCGGCAUCGUACCUGUUGAAGAAUGCCGAGUAGUUCCUAACCUUCACUACGUGUCCGACCCCGUGUGUGUCGCCAGAAACAGCGAGUGCAACAAAAUUAUACGAUCGGCUUACGCUGCACUGGGAAAGAGCAGGAAUGAGUCGUUUGAAAUUCUGGACCAACUUCAAAAGCUGAGGAUUUCAGCCAAUGUUGCUCGCCUCGAGAAAGAAGGACAACAAGUCAGGCACGACUCGGCUGAAAGAAAAUACCAGUCGGCACUUAUUCUCAAUGACACAAAACACAGCUAUUUAAAACAAGCUAAACGAAGUAAAGAGCAGCUUGUUGCCCAACUACGCGACGCCUUACUCUUGCAAAAGAAAUUAGUUGACCAUACAAAACCUUUAAGUGUCGAGUAUGUACAAAUAAAUAUGUCGCUACCCGAGGAUAAGGUUACGGUAAUUCCAGUGACGAUUGGAGUGGACGAAUUCAGCCUGGGGAAAAAGGAGUAUGUCACAUUCCUAGAUAAUGGUAACCUACAGCAAUCGAUGGUAAACGCAGUUCUCCUAAUUUCGCGACAAAUUUAUGGCGACAUCGAGGCUGCUACGCGGAGCAAACGAUCUGCAAUGCCUUCCCGGAGACUCCGGCGGCAGGUUAGUGACCAAAAUUCAACCAGUGACGUCAUCCACGUUGAAAACAGUUGUAAAGUUUUCACGGCAAUCCUUAACUAUCUAAACGCGUCCAUACAACUGGAUAAGACCCUCAGACCACGAAACCAGACCACUGAUGAUAAUAUGACGUCAUCAGUCAGCCAUCUGAAAGAGCUUUCCCAGAAAACUUAUUCCGUAGAUCUUAAUACUACAGGAAUUCGUCUUCUUAACUUGACAGAGCAAGAUCUAAUUAAUUUAUCUUCACAGAGUGAAAAUAAUGAAACUGCAGCUAUGAAGAACGUCAUAUCUCUGCUUGACCAAGAAUUAACGGACGCAGGUGCGAACAGCAAUAACAGUAACAAUAUAGAACUUUGGUACUAUGCUAUGCAGAACUUUUCUCUGCCCGACUCACUUUCGGAGACAUUCAACUGUUAUUCAUUCUCUGACUGUAUUUUGACUGAGCUCCAGAUGUUGUCCGACAUUUUACUAACAUCUAAAUACGUUCAGGCAAAGCAGAUGUUAUCUCGUGUACAAGAAAUUCGACAGUCUUUCGAAAUGUCUCUUGUCAUUUUUGACUCAAAGAACUUUACCAGGGAAACGCAAACUUUGUUUGCAACCCAACUAUCGGAUUUUUUCUCUCUUCUUGUCACUCUACGGAAUGAACACGCUAUUUGUGGAGAAACUCCAACUAUUUCAUCGCAGUCAAAUUUUACAGAAUUUGUCAGACAAGGAGACCCCACUCGCCUGACCUGUGACGUCACAGGGACCCCAACGCCAGCAAUCACCUGGAAGAAAAACGGUCUUCACUUGGCUUCAGUUUCUGGGUCAAAUCUGGAAAUUCCCAAAGAAAUUGUAACUGAUGGUGAUUCCUAUGAGUGCGUCGGUACGAACCAUUUUGGUGUGGUAACGUCAUUUCCGAUGAGGAUUCAAGUCGUGUGGGCCCCCACUGUGGUCUCCCACCCAGAGUCUACAGCGACCACGUACAUGAACCCUAGGAGUACUGCUUUCACUUGUAAUGCAUCAGGAUCCCCGCAGCCCGGAUAUGAAUGGUAUUUUGCACGUUCUGCAAAUGGAACAAAGCAACUGAUUAAUGACAGCGGAUCAAGCAUGCUGCUGAUACGGCAGCCUACGGCCAAUCAGACAGGCUUUUAUUUCUGCCGGGCGUAUAACGAUUAUGGCGAGGUAUUCUCGCAACCGGCGAAGUUAACUGUUUUAUCUAUAAAAACUGCAUCUCCCUUUGCACAACUGUCGUUUAAAGUUACCCCCAAAUACUUGGCAAUGACCAUACCUGUUGGCCGCAUCCUUCUUUCCUAUGACGACACUACUAAUUUGACAACAGUCAACAUGGAGGACAGCACGGCUAUUUCGUUUACUACCUUGAUGACGAACACGACAGGAGCGGACGCAAUGAGUACGGCUGAACCGGCCACAACGACGAGCGUCGACAGCAGCGUUUCCUUAGACAGAUACAAAAAUAUUACCCAAAUCAUCAGCGAACUACUCCGACCUUUUAACCUGUCUUUGUUCACAAUAUCCAGUGAGCGGAAAUAUGCGAACGACGCAGAGGAUUUGAAAGCGUACAUUAUUGGUCAAAACAUGUCGGAGAGAGACACCCCAUUCAUAGAUUACACAGAUUUUGCAAUCGCUUUAGCCGAAUCUGUGGUCAACUUAAAUACAACACUGCAAGAUAUAAAUUCCAAACUUGCGUCCCAAGACAAUUUCUAUUUAGGAGAAAACCCGGUUGUCAUUGGGAACAUUUCUUCGGCUUUGAUUCAUCCAUUCUGUUCCAUUGGCAGCGGAUUAUCGCAAAAUGGCUUUUUAUGUGCUCCGUGUAUCCCAGGUACUUACAGAGGCCAGGCGGACAUUGUCAAAUCAGGCUCUUGUCUGAAGUGUACAAAGGGAUUUUACCAGCCGGACAUGGGUCAGACAUCUUGUUUGUCAUGUCCAGUUGGUAACAGCACGGCCAGUGAGGGUGCAACAGAAGUAGAGCAGUGUAAAGACGCGUGUCCACCAGGGACAUAUUCUGCGUCCGGUGUCAGUGACCCUGCGUGUCUGCCCUGUCCUAGAGGGACGUACAUGCCUAACACUACCGCCACCUCGUGUGUACCGUGUGAAGACACGCACUACACUCUGGCGGAGGGGGCAGUCUCACCCACGCUCUGUAUAGCCAAGUGCACGCCUGGUUCCUAUUCUCCAACUGGCCUUGAGCCGUGUGAGUGGUGUCCAAAGGGAAGUUACCAGGCCCUGGACAUGAUGACCACAUGUGACCAGUGUGAGGCAGACACGUCUACAAAUGGAACGGGGGCCACUGCAAAGAGCGACUGCUUUAAACUCUGUCCGCCUGGGACGUCGUCCCCGAGUGGGUUGGAGUCUCCCACGUGUAUGCCGUGUGAGAAGGGGACGUAUCAAGACGAAAAAGAACAGAAGACAUGUAAACGAUGUGCUGGACACAACACCACAAUAUCCACUGGGCUACAGUCAGAAUUGGACUGCCUUGAACAAUGUGCACCAGGCACGUUUUCCAUAACCGGGGUAGCACCAUGUGCCAAGUGUAAAUUUGGACAGUUUCAACCGAAGUACGGACAGACUUUCUGUGAACGCUGUGAGUUUGGCAAAACGACACUGGGUGUGGGUUCGGAGUCCGCUGAGGAAUGUUCAGUGAUUAACCUCAAACAAGGCAAGUAUGACGGCAAUAUUUGGACGUGGGAGCUGUUGUUGAUUUCCCUGAUCUCAGCAAUAGUAAUCUCAGUGACAAUGUUGUUGAUCAUGUGUAUUAAAACCGGCGGCUUGCAGAAGGGCACCAGCUCCCCAAAACACAAACGCUUCGGUAAAUGUACGCAGUCGGAUAGCAACGAACAAUUACCGCGGCAUUUGGUCAUUGAUCAAAGUGGCACCCAUACAGUGAACGCCACAUACGACACCACAUGGUUCCCAAGUGGAGACGGAGCCAGAGAGGAACCAGAACCAGACUACAACGAUGAUCAAAUAUCAGAGAAGUUUAGCCAAUACGCGGAGAACUACCCGGAUGUCUUGGGUCAAGAGGAGCCCGUACCGGACUAUCCUGGUGCGCCACAACGUGUGGAGGAAUCGUCCUCAGAGAGCGAGUCAGGGCCGGACCCGGAGCCAGAUUACGAUGUAGCUUUACCGGUAAUGGAGGAUGAGCCUGAAGCUGAUUAUAAUAUGGUCGACUUUAAACAUCCUGUCGGUGGAAGGAGUGUGGAACCUACAUAUGAUGUCUCAAAACUGUAGCUACUUCGCCAGUGAAGAAUUGAAAAUUAGUUAAUGGAAAUGAGACUUUUUGUUCGUAACGUGCUCAUCAACCAUUGUUACUUUUGACUUAAUAUCGCUUAUUUUAUAAAUAUUUAGGUACUUAAAUUUGUAUUUUCUCCACAUUAUCAUUUGAACAAUCCAUGAAUUCUAUCCCAGUAGAUUAUUUACAAAGGUUUGUAAUGUUGAUUUUUUACUAGUUGAAAUUAAGGUGAUAUUAGUUAAAACUUCAGAUGUAUUCAUUUUCUGUGUACAUGAUAUAUUCUGUUGAUAUAUGUCUUUAGAGAUCUGUAUUUCGUGUGUAAGUGUGUGGAGGAGGGUGUGAGGUUUACAGGUACGUGGGUCAACAGGCACAGUGGGUUUUCAUGUGUGAGCGUGUGUAUAUGUGGUUGCGUAAGUUUCCAUAUAGUACCCCGUCAUACUAUAGGCGGAAUGAGCAAGAAUGACGUCGGAAAGACAAUUCUUUGUGCGUUCCUGGAUAUUCGA